UACUGGGAAGAGGAGGCCAUCUAAUCGCCUUUUCAAAGCUGGGGCCCGAGAGUAAGUAGAGGGAGAAAACUACAACUCCCAGAAGCCUCUGCUCCCGCCCAGCCAAGGAUAGUUGCUAUGGUUUCAGAAAACAAUAUGGCUGCUCCCAGCUGGGAGGAGAGUCUCCGGAUGGGAGAGGCAGAGGCAGGUCUGGUCGCCCUCAGCGGCGAGAGAAGAGGCGCCUGAGGGAUCGUGAGGUUGGGGCUGGACACUGCACGGCUGGAACGGCCUUGCCUUGCCGAGGGGGCUGAUGGCGGGCAGCGUGGACGAGGAGGCGCUGCACCAGCUGUACCUGUGGGUAGACAACAUUCCUCUGUCCCGACCCAAGCGAAAUCUCUCCAGGGACUUCAGUGACGGAGUCCUGGUUGCAGAAGUCAUCAAGUUUUACUUCCCCAAGAUGGUGGAGAUGCACAAUUAUGUCCCUGCCAGCUCUCUCCAACAGAAGCUCAGCAAUUGGGGUCACCUAAACAGGAAGGUGCUGAACAAACUGAACUUCUCCGUACCGGAGGAUGUGAUGCGCAAGAUCGCGCAAUGCGCGCCGGGCGUGGUGGAGUUAGUGCUCAUUCCGCUGAGGCAGCGCCUGGAGGAGCGGCAGAGGCUCAGGAAGCAGCGCACCAGCAACUUACAGGAGCUGGCUCCCCAGGAUGGCACUGGCUACAUGGAUGUGGGUUUGUUCCAGAAGGCCCGAGGGGAAGGUGCCCCAGACCCCCAGGGAGGGGGGCAGCUCAGGGGGAGCCGGCCGCCCGCGCCCCGGCCUCCGGGAUAUAGCCAGGCAGUGCAGGGCGACCCAAGCUUCGUCCUCCAGAUCGCUGAAAAAGAGCAGGAGCUGUUGGCCUCGCAGGAGACCGUGCAGGUCCUGCAGAUGAAGGUGAGGCGCUUGGAGCACUUGCUUCAGCUCAAGAACGUGCGCAUCGACGACCUCUCCCGGCGGCUCCAGCAGGCAGAGCGUAAGCAGCGGUGAACGGCGGCCCGGGCCGCGCGGGGACGCCGCAGUACCCGCCAGAGCCCAGACACCGCGACCGACGCACCCACCGACCUACGGACGGACGAAUGGGCGGGCGGAGCCAGCAGCUCCAAUGAACCUCCUCGGGAGCCAGCGCGCCCCUCCCUUGGGAUGAGGGCGAAUAUGGGGGGGAGGGGCAGUGAGGCAGGCGCCUUCAGAGCGGAGCCGCUGGACUGAGCCACCUCCUUCCACUCCACCCGGGUCAGGAGAAUGGACCGCUUUCCAGAACCCUGAAGCCACGUGCAGAGAUCUCGCAUGCUCCCCAAAGCAAUGCCCAACACCAGGGUCUCCGCCUUGGUGCUCCCUGCUCUGGGCCUUGGGGGGCGGUGCCUCGGCUCGGUCCACACCCCUAGAAACAGGUCCCAGCCCAGCUCUGAGGACAACGGCACCUCCAGCCAGGCUAGUUCUCUGUGCUCUGGGCCUUGGGGGAAGCUGCCCCAGGCAGCUGAGGGCGACCCUUGCCUCUCCUGGGAGCUCACCUGGGACCCAACUCGAGGAUGGAGAACACAGCAGCUGGAGAAGAAGGGGUGAGGAAUGGGUUCAGCCAGGAGUGGGGAAGACAUGCGCUGUGUCUGUCCCAAUCACCCUCCCCUCCUGUGGGGGGAACUUUGAGAAUGCUUGGGAGAUAUGGGGUCACAGUGCCCCCAUUAAAGAAGUUGUGCUAUCUUUCCAGCAA